UCUGACCUAGACAUGGAUGGAGGUCUGCGCUACUGGAAGGAAAGGACUUAGAACGGUGAUAAACUCGGUGAAGACGAUUUUCACUCAUCCGAUUUGUCUCGUACUUUUCGUCGCGAAGCCUUUCCUGUACUGGAUGUUUGGGCUUUCAUUCACCACAUUUGGCUACGCCUAUGACAGGACAUCAAACGUGUCAUCAGUAUUCAUGUUCACUGCCCAGAUCUGGAACUUAUGCAUAGCGCUGUUUAUAUUUGCUUGUUUCUUCACCUUCGUCGCACUGUGCCGACUGCACGGUUCCCAGUCGGCUGCAUACAGCCACGUCUGGACGCUCACCAACCUCAUGGACGAGUGGUUGUCUGUGAUGUGGUGGGGACAUAAGGAGGACGGAAUCCCUCACUGUCAUGCUGGUAGGGUACUUAUAUACUCACGAUGCUACUGCUUUGACUCUUUUACAAAGGGAUGAGCGAUCGCCUGCCCCCAGAUGUGAAGAUGGACUGCGUUUAUGCUGGUUCCGGUGUCGAGUCUCUGGCACCCUCUCGUGAGAGAGGAGCUGCGUCAGUCAGGCUGGCGAUGCAUUGACAGUCCACACAAUCAACCCACGCGGUAGAACGAGACGUGCGAAUUUUGUGCCGUCUACCGUACAAUAGGUAGUUCGGGAUCAUUCAUACCAGGCACAAUUUCUAGCGGAUAAAUUCAAGUCGGCCUUUAAUCAAGCAAUUGUCGAAUCAUUGUAAUUUUAGUAGAGGACAAGUUGUUUAGGUGACUUGCAAAGUCAUACUUGAGACUGUUCCAAA